GUAUUCAUAGUUAGGGGUUAGGCUGAUUUUAAAAAGGCAAGCCUGGUCCGAAGUUGAUCAGUCUGCUCAGAAAACUUAUCCGGAGGGGAAAGUAUUAGAAUCGGUUUCAAAGGAGGGAAAAUCCAGGUUUUGUGCAAAGAAUUGCAUUGCAACCAGAGAGGACAUAACUUCUGUCAAUUAAGAGAAACAAUAUUGCACCCCGAAGUGUAGUCUUUGGUGAUAUUUUUACUUGUUCUGUGAAUACUUUUAUUUGUAAAGAAUAUAUUUUUUCCGUUUAUUUUGACUGAAGUGUGCUGAAAGCAUUCUCUUCAUUUUGAUACGGACUGGUUUUUAGCUUUAUAAAUUGGAUCAUUUAACGCACGGGCAUUGCCUGUAAAUUGUAUUCACAUUUGGUGUUUAUCAAUUGCAAGACGAAUAUGUUUCUCAGUUUUUGUCUACUGCUGACAUUUGUCUUGGGGCUGACCGGGUCCUUUGGCUCAUAUGUACCCUGCGAGCCGUGCGACCAGAAGGCGCUCUCUAUGUGCCCCCCGGUCCCCAUCGGUUGUCAACUCGUGAAGGAGCCUGGCUGUGGUUGCUGCCUAACCUGUGCCCUAUCGGAAGGUCAGGCGUGCGGUGUUUACACCGGAACAUGCACCCAUGGCUUGCGCUGCUUGCCGCGGAAUGGAGAGGAGAAGCCCCUUCACGCGCUCCUUCAUGGCAGGGGAGUGUGCACGAACGAGAAGGGAUACAAACCCCUCCAUCCACCCAUAGAUCAUGAGUCUCUGGAACACGAGGACACCCUGACAACUGAGAUCACGGAGGACCAACAGCAGCCCGCCAAAGUGCCGCUCCUCCCCAAGCAGGACCUCAUCAACAGUAAGAAGAUCCAAGCGAUGCGCAAGGACAAGGACCGCAAGCGGGCACAGGCCAAACUGCGCUCCAUUGGCCCCAUGGACUACUCCCCACUACCCAUUGACAAGCACGAGCCAGAGUUUGGUCCUUGCAGGAGGAAGCUGGAUGGGAUCAUCCAGGGAAUGAAGGACACGUCCCGUGUCAUGGCCCUGUCCCUGUACCUUCCCAACUGUGACAGGAAGGGCUUCUUCAAACGCAAACAGUGCAAGCCCUCUCGUGGCAGGAAGCGAGGCAUCUGCUGGUGCGUAGAUAAGUACGGCUCGCAGGUUCCCGGCACAGACUACAGCGGGGGCGACAUCCAGUGCAAGGACCUAGAGAGCAGCAGCAUCAACGAGUGAAUAGGCGGCUCCGCCCCACCGCGAUCACCUGACCCAGGGCCUCACCUCCUCCUUUCCCUCCCACCUGUCUGCUUCGCCCUCCAGUCACUUUUUGAGAUUUUCAAGACGAAAAAAAAAUAAGACAACUAAACAAAUCAAAUGAAUGAACGAAAGGACAGGCUUGAAAAAAGGACACCUGAAAUCUUUUUUUUUUUUUUUUGACCGUGCGCUCAUCUCUUAAAAGACGGAACCCAGCAGGUUUUAAGCCCUUGUUUGACCCUCGGGCCCCUCCCCCACUAAGAGCUGGGCUCGGGCCCCUCCCCCACUAAGAGCUGGGCUCGGGCCCCUCCCCCACUAAGAGCUGGGCUCGGGCCCCUCCCCCGCUAAGAGCUGGGCUCGGGCCCCUCCCCCGCUAAGAGCUGGGCUCGGGCCCCUCCCCCACUAAGAGCUGGGCUCGGGCCCCUCCCCCACUAAGAGCUGGGCUCUGGCCCCUCCCCCGCUAAGAUGUGGGAGCCUCACUAACAUUCAUGAAAAUAUAUACUUGUAUUGAUAUAUUUUUAUAGAAACACCAAACUUUGUAUGAUUUAAAGCUAACAUAAAAUGGAUGAAAAAAUUCAUAUAAGUCACUUUGAUUAUAAACAGGAAUGUUUUGAUCUUUCACAUCUAUUGCUAUUGAGGUGUCAGAGGAGGUAGCUGGACCUUCUAUUGAGGUGUCAGAGGAGAUAACUGGACCUUAGAUUGAGGUGUCAGAGGAGAUAGCUGGACCUUCUAUUGAGGUGUCAGAGGAGAUAGUUGGAUCUUCUAUUGAGGUGUCAGAGAAGAUAGCUGGACCUUUUAUUGAGGUGUCAGAGGAGAUAGCUGGACCGUCUAUUGAGGUGUCAGAGGAGAUAGUUGGACCUUCUAUUGAGGUGUCAGAGGAGAUAGCUGGACCUUCUAUUGAGGUGUCAGAGAAGAUAGUUGGACCUUCUAUUGAGGUGUCAGAGGAGAUAGCUGGACCGUCUAUUGAGGUGUCAGAGGAGAUAGUUGGACCUUCUAUUGAGGUGUCAGAGGAGAUAGCUGGACCUUCUAUUGAGGUGUCAGAGAAGAUAGUUGGACCUUCUAUUGAGGUGUCAGAGAAGAUAGUUGGACCUUCUAUUGAGGUGUCAGAGAAGAUAGUUGGACCUUCUAUUGAGGUGUCAGAGGAGGUAGCUGGACCUUCUAUUGAGGUGUCAGAGGAGGUAGCUGGGCCUUCUAUUGAGGUGUCAGAGAACAUAGCUGGACCAUCUAUUUAGGUGUCAGAGGAGAUAGCUGGACUUUCUAUUGGCAGAAAAAAAAACUUGAGAGGGUCUUUCUGAUACAUUUGACUCUAUCUGGGUAUUUGGUUCUGUCAGAGCACUUAUGAAUAAGGGAACCUGCUUGGAUAUGUGUUACUUCACUAAUUUUGUGUGAGCAUGCAUGUAUGUGUGUGCGUGCGUGUGUGUGUGAAAGAGAAAGGGAGUGAGCUUAACACAAGAAUGUCCUUUUUUUCCUCUCGCUCUCUUUUGGUCUUUUUACAACAACAACAACAACAACAACAACAACAUUUACGUCUGGUGCUUGAAGUAGUCUUGAGGAUGGCUUUCUCACACUAGGCUAUGUAAACCUAGGUCUAUGGGAGAUGGAGAGUGUUUGACACAAUAAUCAGAUCAUUACAGACAAACCUAUGUUAGUUGCUCAUUGACUCUGUAGCUAGCCUGACAUGCCAACUGUGCCUCUUGUUACCAUACACUGCCAUGCAGGGCAACACAGAACUUAACGGAGAACACUGCCCCUACUGGUGAAGGGAAAACGGACACAAAGUGCUCAUACUGUCAUCUGAUGUGAGCUCUGCUUGGCCCAACAACCGGGACUUAAAGAAUAGUGGAAUGAACCGUACAGUCCAGCAAUAACUAACAACAGUAAUUCUUUGUUUUGCUAAAGUAUGGGCAAAAAUAAGGAUUAAUUAACAAGGAUUAAGCACGUUGCAUUCACUUGCAUUCACCAGUGAGGUUAGCUGUUUUUUUGUGUGUCUCAGUUGCUCGAGGGUGUUAGUCUUGUGUGGUUUUGUUUGUACUGUUGUGAAGUAGUAACCACCCACUUUUGAGCCGUGUUCCUUAACCAACGGGCCUGAUACCAUGGCCACCACGGCUACAGUGGAACCUUGGUGAAUUACUUUUGGCUAUAAAUUAACUUUUUUUUUUUUUUUACUAAAGAAAUACAAUGUACUGGUGCUUGGGAAAAAGACGUGUGUAUUUUAGCCUGUAAACAAUUUGAAUGGUUCCAUGAUGCCUGGCCAUCCUUAUUUGAAUAUGAGACAGUCAAAAAAAGCUAUAUCCCACCUAUUUUCUUCCCCCUUGGCUUGCACGCCGCCCCUCCUCCUCGACAACUUGUUUUCUAUACAACACAACAUUACUUGCAAUCGAAAUGGUGAGCAGUUUUCCUUUUAUUAUUAUUUUUAUUUUUCUACCUUUAUUUCAACAAGAAACACAGACUGAGACCAAGGUCUCUUUUACAGCUGGGCCUUGCAUGUACAUGUUGACACAUACAGUUUAGGUACAAUGAUUAAGAAACUACACAAGACAAACAAAACGAUCACAAAUAACACAAAAACAAUACAGCAGCAGAUUAUUACAUUUACACAUAGGUUAUUCCCCUAACAGCAUAAGAACUUGCAUUACCCGAAACAGUUACAAGCAAUACAAAAAUGAAUACUUCUUCCACUCAAGUGGGCAUCUUUGACCACUACCUGCAGGGUCAGUUGAAAGCGUAGUUUUAUGUCGCCUGUGUGCAAGUCGCAGUGCCUUCUUACAUGUAAAUCCACAUUUAAAUAGUCACGCGUACGUGACGUGGUAGCUGUCUAAGGGACGGAAACCCUACUGAGGCUGAGAGGCCCUCGGGUUAGUAGUCCUGCCAUGACGAGAGGUCUAGGUAAAGUACAAAGAAGGUAACUCAAUGCCAUGUGGUAUAGCUCUAGUCAUGUGGUAUAGCUCUAGUCAUGUGGUAUAGCUCUAGUCAUGUGGUUUAGCUCUAGUCAUGUGGUAUAACUCUUGCCACAAACCCAUUAUGAAUCCGUUGCUAACCCCUCCCUGUGUUUGAAUGUGAGGACAAGGAAGACCAGAGUGCCCGUCUCUGUCUCUUAUUUUCAAAAAGCACUAAAAAGCUAGAGUAUUGCUUUCAAAGUUGACUGCCAAUGUAUUUGAUUGCCAGAGAAUAGGCAAGUGAUGUCAGAAUUCCGAGGCACAUCAUAGUUGAGCACGCAGACUAGCAAACUGCUGCGUCUCCCGGGAGCCGGAGAAGAGAUGGACGAGGCAUUACUAGCCAUCAGAUCCUAUUCCACAGCUUGUGUGGGUGGUCGUAAUUACUCUAGCCAGGGAAUCAACAGACAACAAAUUAGGGAGCUUGUACUCCAGCCUCAAUUAAGUCUGUAGUCCAAUAAUGACGUGAUAUUAUCAGUUUUCGUAAUACAAAUGUGUUGAAUAGGAUACUGUUGUUUUUAAUGGCUCAUAGAUGAGAUGCUGUGAAAUCAACAAUGGAUUGGUCAAAAUGUCAGGCCUAUAGCUUUAUAGCCUCAGUUACUUUGAGAGAGAAUUUGUGGGAAAAAAUAAGUUACUAUACCCUGCUACACUUCACAUCCAAAAUCUCUUCUUACAUGGAAGUGAACUCCUCCGCCUUUUGGUAAACCCCAGAUAAACUAGUUUGUCCUAUACCCAAUGCAGUGUAGCACCCUUCCCCACCUCCACCCAGUCCACUUUGAACGAAAGCAGCUUGCACUUAUAGAAGUUUAAAAAAUGUCAU